GGGCGCAGCUGCGUCCAGAGACGCUAAACCGCGGCUGAAUAAAAACGCGCUCGGCACGUCGGAGCGCGUCUUUUCUGCGUGUUAGGACGUAAACGGCAGCUGGCGUUUCGCGUGAGAUGCGAUAUUAGCAGCGAGGCGGGAAUGUGGUUCAUUCGCAAUGGGAAAUGUUUUCGGCAGGCAGGGACGAGUCACCAGUCGAGUGACAGAUCAGGACAGGGCGAUAUUGCAACUCAAACAGCAGCGAGAUAAACUGAAACAAUAUCAGAAGAAGAUCACAUUACAGCUGGAGAAAGAGAGACGUCUGGCCAAACAGCUCCUGAAGGAUGGCAAGAAGGAACGAGCUCUUCUGCUGCUCAAGAAGAAACGCUACCAAGAUCAGCUGCUGGACAAGACCGACAUCCAGAUAGCCAACCUGGAGCGCAUGGUUCAGGAUAUAGAAUUUGCUCAGAUUGAAAUAAAGGUCGUUGAGGGUUUAAAAGCUGGGAAUGAGUGCCUGAAGCAAAUGCACGAGGUCAUGUCUGUUGAGGAGGUGGAGAGAAUACUGGAGGAGACGCAGGAGGCCAUUGAGUAUCAGAAGCAAAUUGAUGAGCUCCUGGCAGGUUCUCUGACAGCGGAGGAUGAGGACGCUGUGUUAGCAGAGCUGGAGGCCAUCGCUCAGGAAGAAGACGUAGCCCUUCCAGAAUUGCCCACGGAUCCAUUGCCGGCGGUGCCUUCGGGAGACAGAAAGAAGAGAGGCACAAAUCAAGCCGGAGCGAGAGAUGCUGGCAGCGUAGCGUUUGAUCCCGCAACCUGGCUCGUCACUUUGUUUUGAAUGAAAGGAAGCGCUAGGGGAAUGUAAUUGGCAGAAAAGAAGGCUUUCGUGGCAUAUUUAAUAGGCAAGCCAUCAGAAUCGGCGUUCCCGUGGUCAUGGAAAACUUGGAGAUAUCAGGGAUUUUUACAUUUUUGAUUUUUAGACUUCGUGGAAAUAAAUUAAACGUCAACAAAAAGUAAUGGAAAUGUCUCACACUUAUUUAUUGUAAUUCGCUAUAAUGUAAUUAUAUAUUUUUAAAUAUUUAAAGUUGUUGUAUGACCCAACGAUGUAGAUAGAAAUGUUACACAGUUACAGUAUUUUUUUUUUUUUUUUUUGAAUGGCAAGUUUGCUUGAAGCAUAUAGCAGUUCAUGUUUGAACCGAUUCAUGUUUGGUUUUGUUCAAAUAAAUGAACAGGCUGUGAACCUC